AUGCUGGCCGUGCAGUUCGCUCUGCUCGUCGCCUUCUUUCUCCUGCCUAGGGUCAAACCCCUAACGCCGCCGCCGUCGACCGACGAGCGGACUCACCGGUUCCACAGCUGCCAUCAACCGGAGGAGAAGAACCGGCUCAGGUACGUUCCGGACCACCUCCUCCAUUCCAACAAAAGCAGGGACGUGGACCCGAGCAAGGUGCCCAUCUUCUGCGUCUUCCGCAACACCGCGUAUCGGAAGUUCAAGAAGGUCCGUUACAGGCUCGGCACUGUCCCUCACUCGCUCUGCACGCAUCUGCUGUACCAUUCGGCCAAAUAUUCGUCCGGCGCGAUCGUGAGCAGAGACAAUCUGUUCGACGAGGUGUACCAGGGUUUCACGAUUGCCGCCAACAUGCGGCGAAUAUGGAGGCACCUGCGGGUGCUGUUGACGCUGUUCGUGAGUGAGCCCGAAACGGCCGAGUUCUCGGAGAGCAUUCAGAGCGGCCGUGAUGCGAUCUUCUUCGGGGAGGCCGCGUACAGGUGGCUCACGAGCCACAAAUUCGAUGGCCUCAACUUGGACUGGCCGUACGCCGGAGGUCCUUGCGGGUCCUCGUCCGACCUGAGCCGCUACGCGGCGCUCCUGAGGUCCCUGAAGACACGCUUCCAGUCGCGCUUUAUGCUAACGGUCACGUUGCCCGGAGAGCUCGAGGAUGUGAGCAAGGGCCUGGACCUGCUCGCCGCCAGCGAGGUUGCCGACUUUCUGCUCCUGAGGUCCCACAGGCGCAGAAACCUUGACCUUUUCCAGUACGACUGUCCCGGCCACGCAGUCGCUCCCGUGUUUUUCGCUCUGAAGGCUCUCGCUCCAAACGCCAAGAUAUGCAUCUCAAUUUCCUUCGAGGUGCGCGCCUUCAAGCUUGUCGCCAACCGCUCCGAAACCGACACGCGGAUGGAACCGGCCGACCCAACCAGGUACACGGGUACCUCAGGACUGCGCGCCUUUUCGGAAGUGUGCAAGGCUUCCGACGUCAGCAUGGACCCCGUCAAGUACUGCACACUCGCGUCGGCGUCCAGGAACGUGAAGCUCGCCCUGGAAACUCCUCUGUCCAUCCGGCAAAAACUGACCGCGCUGUCGAAGCCGUGCGUCGUGCUCUGGGACAUGGAGUUCGACGACUUCGAAGGCCGCUGCUCUGCUGCGUCCCGCGACCCGUGGCCCCUCACGGCAGCGGUGUACAACGCCUUGAAUUAACUGGUUCAACCACUCAUCUUCGCGUGCGCAAUGAAUUGUGUAUUCUUGUAGCGAUCGGGACGUAUUGUAUUCAGG